GCGAUGCUGCUUGCUGUACAGUUGCUGUACAGCUCGCUGUUGCGAAGAGGAACGCGUUGCUUCCGUAACAACGCUGUAGGACAGGUGGUCUAAAGAAAGGCUGUUUGAGGAGAGCAAACAUGAGUAUCCUCCCCAGGUCAGCUUCCCAGUCCCUCCUCCUCUGCUGGAAACAUGUUCAGCCAGCAGCCUCCCUCCCUUCCUGCUCUCUGGGACGCAGGCGGCAGAGAUGGGAGACAGGAACUGAACUUCUCGGUUUCACAUGUGGCACAUUGCGGCCCAGUACAGGCUUCCGUAGCCAAAGUUGGCAACGGCGGCUGGUUGGACUGCGUUCAGGACCCGGUGGGAGAAGAUUAAGCUUCUCAGCAACAGCGAUUGUAAACUCUGCCCCUUCAGCAGUUCAGCCCUACCUCAGACUCAUGAGGCUGGAUAAACCCAUUGGCACAUGGCUGCUCUAUUUGCCGUGCACAUGGAGCAUCGGACUGGCUGCAGAACCUGGAUGCCUCCCAGACCUGGCCAUGCUCACGCUCUUCGGUACAGGAGCCGUGCUCAUGAGAGGGGCCGGCUGCACCAUUAAUGACAUGUGGGAUAAAGACUUUGAUAAAAAGGUGUCCAGAACAGUCAGCCGCCCGAUUGCCGCUGGACAAGUCUCCCAGUUUCAUGCUCUUGUCUUCCUGGGAGGUCAACUGACUGCAGCACUCGGAGUUUUGCUCUGCUUUAAUAAUUACAGCAUAAUUCUUGGUGCUGCUUCGUUGUCACUGGUUGUCACUUACCCCCUGAUGAAAAGGAUCACAUACUGGCCUCAGCUUGUACUGGGUCUUGCCUUUAACUGGGGAGCCCUGCUGGGAUGGUCUGCAGUCAUGGGUUCCUGUGACUGGUCAGUAUGCCUGCCGCUGUACUUCUCUGGUGUGAUGUGGACGCUGAUCUACGACACCAUCUAUGCCCAUCAGGACAAAGUGGAUGAUAUCCUUGUGGGGGUACGAUCCACAGCGCUGCGCUUUCAGGAGUGGACCAAACCAUGGCUGAGCACCUUCAGUGUGGCGAUGUUAGCAGGGCUGACCCUGACUGGGAUCAAUGCCCAGCAAACCCUACCAUACUACGUGGCUGUGUCUGCUGUGGCCGUACAUCUGGCACAUCAGAUUUACACAGUGAAUAUCAGUAAGCCAGAGGACUGCUGGAAGAAGUUUGCAUCUAAUCGCAGUCUUGGACUCCUCUUAUUCUUAGGAAUAGUUACUGGAAAUUUAUGGAAGAAAAGGAUUGACAACACAUUAGAAAAUGCACAGAGUGAAAAAUAAAUAUAAUUAUUAAAUUCAAA